GAGCUCCUGGCGCAGAUGGAACCUUAAGGGUUGAAGCAUUUAAGUUCAUUUUUUAGUAGCCUUCUUCACUUGAGAUAGCUUCACUUGAGAUGGCUAAGUACUAAAAAGUGAAGUUUUCUUGUUUUAACGUUCUUAGAUUGCUACUAAAAAAUGAACUUCUUGAACUCUUGUUUCACCCUAUCCCUACUCUAAGAACCGCAGGAUGUCGCUGGAGUGAUUGAUCAUUUGUAUGUGCCGGAAGUGUAUCCAGUGUCUAGGGAGCUGCAGAUCGAGACCUUGGCAGGAGUAGAGCUCGGCUUCAAAGCCAAGUCUGGCCCCUCUGUCGCACCAGUCAUGUGGCGAGAAGGCGAGAAGAAAAUGAAGACUCAUCAAGGCGAACUCUUGUUUCACCCUAUGACUCAUGGUGGCCUGACGACUCAUAGGGUGAAACAGUGUCAAACUCAUCCUCCUAGUAGUCUUCAGAAGAAAAACGUAAACCAAGACUCUCCUACAACGAGCAACUCGUCCGUGGGCAUACAAGAACCUCCUAUUAAGGCUAGACUCUCACUAUCUGGCGGGAGGUAUGAUCCUGACUGGGUUUUCCUUGGAAGUCAAAUGAUCCUAACAAGUGGGUUCCCUGUAUUUAAGUAAAAGGGAACCUUAACUAGGGAAGAAAGAGUAUUAACCCCCUAAUCUUAGAAAUCACGGGGAACUGAUUAACCUUUGAGGGAAACUACAAAGGAAAUCCUGUUCUUCAAUCCAUUCAAUCAUCAACAAGAAUAGUGAGAGUCUGGUGUCUAGCGUUAAUAAUCCUAGUAAGACAAGAACUGGUACUUCUGGACAGCAAGCUACUAGAAGUAGUCGUGCUGCAAGUGCUGGCUCAGCGUGGAACAAGCUCAUGGGAGAACAGGAGAUGACGGAAGAAGACCAGAUCGCUAGGGCGAUUCAGG